AUGGAGGCGAUCGAGGAAGGUCUUGUGUCCUUUAAGGAGGUGGCUGUGUAUUUCUCCAAAGAGGAGUGGUCUCAGCUGGAUGCUGACCAAAAAGCACUUAGGAUCCAUACAGGGGAGAAGCCAUAUAAAUGCAUGGAAUGUAGAAAGUGUUUUUCUAUGAAGACGAAUCUUAAGACCCAUGAAAUGAUCCACACAGGGAAGAAACCUUAUAAAUGCAUAGAAUGUGGAAAGUGUUUUUCUACGAAAACGAAUCUUAAGACCCAUAAAAGGAUCCACAUAGGGGAGAAACCUUAUCAAUGCAUGGAACGUGGAAAGAGUUUUUCUACGAACCGUUAUCUUAAUCACCAUAAAAUGAUCCACACAGGGGAGAAGCCUUAUAAAUGUAUGCUGUGUGGAAAAGGUUUUAUUAUGAACAGUUAUCUUAGCUACCAUAAAAGGACACAAUGUAGUAGCCAUAGAAAUCUGUGA